AUGCUGUCCGACUCGAACAAGGAGACGAAGAACUCCUCAAAGAGCUCUUCCGGAAAGUAUUCUGGGCAUCCUCAACACGCAGCUGCCACUUCCAAAGGAUCGGGUUCCAACCGUGCCAGACAGCAGAUGGGAUCUGAACAAGCUCGCUCUCUCUCGUCAGAGUCGGAUACAUCAACUGAGAGUGAAUCAGAGACGGACGAGACGGAGGAUGAAGAUGGCGAGCAAGUCACUGCGGAUGUCGAUGCGGCGAUCCUCAGGACGCUAGCAAAGAUCAGGCGAAAAGAUGGUGAUAUCUAUAAUGCUGAUAAGAAGAUUUUUGAUGACGAGCGAGCAAAGUUGGCUUCCAUACCUGCACCCACAACUCUGGCCCACAAGCCAACCUCCUCAAACAAGAAAAUAACUCUGCAAGACUACCAGCGAUCGCGGAUCCAAGAAGCCCUCGCCUCCGACGCUUCCGGUGAUGCCGCUGCGCGUGCACUUGCAGAGGCGACCACAAAUCCUACUCGUCUAGGGCACCAUGUUGACUACGAUUCGAGCGGUGCGCCGAGAACAUAUGCGCAGGAAGAAGAGGAUCUGAGGCGCGAAGUCUUGGCCGCUUUUCACGGAGAUGUAGAAGAUGAUGAAGGCGGCGACGACGAUGGUGGGGGCGUCUUUCAAAAACGAGGCGGCGGUGUUGGUGACGACGAUGAAGAUGGGACCUCAUACCGAAGCUAUAUACUCCGGGCGCUUGGCGGUGAUGAGGACGCUGUGCGAGAUGUGCUCCGUGAGCGUGCUGAAGCGGUGGCGAAGGAGGGUAUCAUCCUUGCAGGGAACGAUGGCGACGAGAGUGCUGUAGGGUCCAACAAAGAGACGGGGCAGAAGAAGGAGGGGGAGAAGGGGAAAGAAAAGGCGAGGAAGAACGGAAAGGCACAGGAAGAAGCAGAUCACGAAUUUCUCAUGAACUACAUUCUCAAUCGCGGCUGGCUCGAGAACGACGACGCCUCUGUCCCUGCGCGCAAGCGAAAAUCCAAGUCUGGCGACAAGAAUUCGGAAGUAGCACAAGCGCACGACGAGCGGGACUGGGACGCGGAAGCAGCAGACCUCGAAUCAGAAGCGUCCUUCGAUUCGCGCGCGUCUGCCUUCGAGACGGCCUACAAUUUCCGCUACGAGGCGCUCGAAUCUGGCGCCGCAUCAGGGACCAUCCCGACCUUCUCGCGUGACGCCGCUGCAGUGGGGAGCGUUCGCCGCGAUGAGAAGCGCGAGAAGCGGAAGGAAAAGCGCGAGGAGCGUCGUAAGAGGAAGGAUACGGAGAAGGCAGAGAAGAUGAAGAUGCUUGAAAAGGCGAAGGAGAGGAAGACCCGCGAGAUCAUGGAGAAGCUCAAGAAGCUAAAGGAGGCUACUGGCAGCGAUGCUGUUGGCUUUGAGGACCUUGACCUUGAGGCUGAGUUUGACCCUUCAGCACAUGAUCGCGCAAUGGAGGCAGCAUUCAACGACGAUUACUACGCCGAGGAAGAUAUGCAGUUCAAUUCAGAUGGCAAGCCGAUCUGGAACGACGAUAUUGACAUCGGGGAUAUCGACGGAGAAGAGGAAGGGCCAUACGAUUCGGAGCAGGCUGUAGGCGCAGUCUGGGGCGCCGAUGAUGAGGACGGGCGCAUAGAGAUGGAUGCGGAUUUCCUCGAAGGAAAAAACGGUGGCGAGCAAGCCCCUGACACUUCGAAACUGUCUAAGAAGGAACGCAAAAAGCUAAAGAAAAAGGAGAAAAAGCGGCAGCAACAGUCGGGUGAUCAAGCUGACAGUGGGGUGAUCGAUGAAGCUGAGAUGGAUGCUGAGAAUGCUGCAAAGCAGCAAGAGGAUGAGAGGCAGGCAUUGCGCAAAUUGCCGCCUGCAGAGCGAAAGAAAAAAGUUUCCGAGAUGCUGGACGAGUAUUACAGCAUGGACUAUGAGGACAUGAUUGGUGACCUUCCCACGCGGUUCAAGUAUGUCCAAGUUCCCAAAUCCAAUUAUGGUCUUUCGCCUGUAGAGAUUCUACUUGCGGACGACAAUCAGCUCAACAAUGUCGUAGGAAUCAAGCAAAUCCAGCCGUACAGGCGCGGAAGCAAGCGACCGGCCGACUUGGGGCGCAGGUUGAGGGAAUUUAGAAAAGACUUCAAUACCGGCCUCGGGCCGUCUGGCUCUGCACACGGGAGGCAUACACACGGCCAAGGCUCAGAGCACCGUGCGCAGCAACAUGCAGGGAAGAGCGGCGACGGGCAGGAGCAAGGAAAGACGAAGCGAGCAGGGAAGAAGGAGAGGCAGAAGCUCAAGCGUGCCGGUGAUGGUGAUGGAGCUGGCGGAGAAGGGGCCACAGCUGGCGCCACUGAGCAGGAGGAGCGGCAGGCAAAGCGACCCAAGCUGAAGAACGAUGCCUGA